AUCUCCCUCCCGUUACUCAGGGUUACCCUGGUAACAGCCCCCUCCCUUCCCUGCACCAAGAUGGCGGCAGGGGCGGCCUCAGGAGCGGCCCCGCGCAUGCGCUGGCCCCGCCCGGGCGGACUGGACGUGACCCCUGUGUCAAGCGCUUCCGGUUCCGGGGUAGCGGCGGCGGCCGAGAGGGUUCGGGCAGCUGUUUGUAAACUUGUCUCCCGGGGGAGAGCAGGGAGGCAACGGCGGAGCCUGGAGCCCGCAGCGGCCGAGCCAGGCUCAGACUAAACCAGAGAAGUGUCUGCAGCAAUAUCGAGGCACGGCGAUCAACCCCCUUUAUCCAGAAGCAGGGCUAGGGUUGGGAUGACUCAUCUGUAAAAGCGGUGCAGUCAGUUACCUUCCCGUCUGGCUUCUCCAGCUCCCGGCAGUGCUGGGAGACGACUCCCUUAGAACGCCACACACGAUUCCAGGCUCUCAGAAUCCAGAAAGAUGUCGGCAAAGUGGAGGGUACUGGACAAGACCAGCAAAAAAUGAUUAACUGAAAAAAAAAAAAAUCUUUCUAAUCGUAAAAUUCUUUCCUGGGAGAGAAUUAAGGCUAAAGAAUUGUUACAAUCCGUUUGUUGAGGACAGACAGACAAGAUGGCUCAGGCGAGCCUCCUGGCCUGUGAGGGCCUCUCUGGGGUGUGCCUCGUGCCAACUGUUGCCAGCAAGAAGAUGAUGCCAAAACAGAGCUCCAAGCAGACAGAGAAUGGAGAGAGAGGGAACAGCCCGAACAUGCUGGGUCUCCGCCAGGAGAGUGAGAAAUCUCGCAGCCGUAAAGAGGCAGAGCCAGCAGAAGCAUCGCAGCCAAAAAAGACCAUUAAAAAGGUGAUGGUGAUUGAGCAGAACGGCUCCUUCCAGCUGAGAAUCCCCAAGAACUUUAUUUGUGAGCACUGCUACGGAGCCUUUCGGAGCAGCUACCAUCUCAAGAGACACAUCCUCAUCCAUACUGCCCCUUCUGCUCUUCCCCAGGGGAGAAGCCGUUCGAGUGCGAUCUGUGUGACAUGCGCUUCAUCCAGAAGUACCACCUGGAGCGCCACAAACGCGUGCACAGCGGCGAAAAGCCCUACCAGUGCGAGCGCUGCAUGCAGAGCUUCUCCAGGACAGAUCGGCUGCUUAGACACAAACGAAUGUGCCAGGGCUGCCAGACCAAAACCCCUGACUCGCAGCUGCUGCUUUAGGAGCCAGGGUGAUGCGUCGGAGAAGCUAGGAGGUGGACAGGAUUUUCAGUUUUCUGUGUCUGGUUUUGCCUGCUCCUGCUCCCCUGGCCAAGGUGGGGCAGAGCUGAGGACUCUCCUAGACUCUCAGAUGGGGUCCGGACACUGUAAAUAAGAUGAGGAUGAUCUGGAAUCUACCCAACCAGCAGAAGCCACAGGCAGCUGUGUAUAAACCUUCUUUUCCAUUGGUUUGUUUUUGAAGUAUCGCCAUUUGCCUCUCAGGAAAGGCUUCGGGGGACAACAGGGCAAAGCUAGCUACACUUGCCUCAAACUCUUAACACUUGCCAUCACCUGAUCAACCAGCUCACGCCCAGGCAGAGCUCACAGGUAUGAAAUAUAGCAGGGUGGAAAUCAACUGUGGUGUUCUUCUGACUCUUUUUUUAUAACCAGUCUCACCGGAAGAGGCCAACAAAGCAAUGGAUUAUAAGAAGCAGCUGUGGAGGAUUUUGGUUCAGGUGUGAAAUGCAGAAACUCAUCUCAGCCGAGAGCUUGGUUCUGAGGUCUGCGGAGCUUUUAUUUCUAGGGUGUCUGAUUUUGUAACCGAGUUUCCUCCUGCUCUUUCCACCUUCAAGAAACGAGCGGGGACAUUGGAGGGGGAGGGAGGAGAGCGCACCGUUGCGGGGGAGGGUGGCGGUUGCGGGGGCUCAGUUUAAACUCUUGUGACACCCAGCAACUCCUGCGAUCAGUGUCUUGUGAAAUGGUGUUGCGUGAGCAGCUGCUGCACAUGUGUCGGGGUUGAACCCGCAUGGAAUCUGAAUAUGUCUCUUAGCAACUCCCAAACCCCUGAUGACAGGCAGUGAUUCGGGGUAUACAGCCCAUGGCUGGGGGGGAACGGCUUCUGCAAGAGGCUGUCCUCCUUCCUUGGCCCCAGUGUGUGUGUAUGAGGGUGCUUGGGGUGAUCACAUUACCACAUGUUCCUGUGCCCCCUUGAAUUCAGAUCCUAGCCUGGUUCAAGGCAGCAACCCAUAAUCUGGCUUUCUCAGAAAUGUUCUUGCCUCAAACGCUGCCAGGAUUGGCUCAUGUUCAGGAAGGCUUUCAGUUGCUUUGUAGUUUGGGAUAAGAUCUACCCCUUUGUGUUUGACCCCGAGGGCUAGCCAGCAAUGGAUCUUUGCAGUGUCUGUUGUGGAUUUGGGGGGGGAAAUGUAACCCACUCUCAGAUUUCACUUCCAGUACAUUAGUGCCCUGCCCACCUGGUGGUUGGACACCACUUAAAUAAACUGUGAUCUCUCUGGCAACUCUCCAGUGGCCCAGGAGCAACUGCACAGUUCAGAGAGAGCUAGAAACAGCUAAAGAGACCUGCAGGGAAAGGCAGUUAAACUUCCUCUUCUGAAAGAAACAGAAACUAUGAGCAUGAGGGAGGGGGCCAGGCUCCCCAGCCACGCUCAAGAGCCCUGAGUGUCGCAAGCCAGAAAAAGCCUGUUACCAAAGUGACGACUCUGCCUCCCCAAAUCCCCCUCUUGGCUCCCAACGCACGUUCAUACCCUGCAUCUGAAAACUCAGGCCCAGCGAGUGUCCGCUAAAGAUCAGACCUUUCCCGGCUGGUAACAAACGUGUGGGGAAGGAAGAUGUUGUUCCCGUCUGCGCCUUGUCUUCCACUCCCCCUGCAGUGACGACGGUAUAUUGGAUACUUCCUGCUCGGUGCUCUGCUGGGAGCCCCACCCAGAUGUCCCUGUCUAGGAUGACCCACCCAGAUGACCCAUAGCCUAGGUCGAGCUAAGCUUGGUCUCUGUCCACAGCAGCUGGCAUCGCUGCAGCUCAGAUCUCCUGUUUCUGCCCCAAGAUGUCAUUUGGUGCCCUGGUAAUUCUUCUGGGGCAAGGGAGAGCAGAGCAUAGGGGAAGGUUACUCAGGGCAGUGAGAAUCUGGACUCGGCUUUCUGAGCAUCAGUGGCACUGCAGCAAAGUGCCCUUGGGAAAUGACCAAAAUGCUCUUUAAAAUGUCAGUGGCUCUGUCCCUUCUUAAUUCAAAUCAUGCAGCCCCCCCACCAUUGCCCUCAUGUAGCUAGCUACAUACCGAAAUAAAAUCCUUUCUGUAGCAGCUUUUCCCAGCAGCAGAGUGCGCUCUGCACUGGUGCAGCUUGGCUUUGUCCGGCGAAGGUAGAUACUUCCUACGUUUAUCUUAGGCCAGCGGGGGCUCUGCUAAUGUUAGCAAGUUGACCUUCUGUCUCCAUCUCGCUGCUAUGUUCCCUUGGGUCUCUAGGUCCUUUCAGCCUCCCUUGCCCCACAGCUGCUCCUCCUUCUCUCUUAUCUUCCCCCACCCCCCCCCCCCACCCCAAUCCCAUACACACGCGCACUAAGGAAAUAGGAAUGGGUUUCUAUCUUGGAUGUUUUUGUUUUUCCCCUUUACCCAAAUAUCUCAGUGAGACACUCUGUCGGGGGAGACUUGCAAUGCUCCUUGCUGCCAGAUUCUGCUCUGCCUUCCCCGGUCCCUCAAAGAUGGGACUGAAAGCCAAUUUCCAAAGAGAACAGAGUUCUGUGUCUUUCCCUGCGCAGGACAGGGCACCCUGGCUUGGCCUGACGCAUCCUUGGUUGGUUCUGUAGAAUCUCGACAGCCAUGUGCUCUCCACACCUGCAUGCUGGAUACACCAGUAUGAAUGCUUUACUCGAGCAGUGCCCUUCUUCCAAAUCUCUCCCCAGUGGAGUACAGCGUCUGCAUAUGCACUGUGGUCUCCUUUGGGGAACGGCUAGAGUAGAACCUUGUAGCCUGGGUUGUCUUUCCCAGGUGUCAAACACUACCUUUCCCCUGAGUCCAUCUGGAGCUGUGAGUUCAGGGCACUUGAGCUCCUUAGAUCCUGAAAUCACAAUGGUCCAAUUUCCUGCUUGUAUCUAACAUACUUUGUUGUUGGGAGAGGUUAAAUGGGCAUCCUCUGCCUCUUGGCCAGACAAACGCAGGCUCUGCUUGUAACCGCACAGAAUGGAAGAGGGGAGUGUUAAUUACAACGCUCCGUGAUCUGCUCCUGCUGCUUGUUAAAGGCAGGCGGCCUCUUGGAGACCGUUUCAGAAUGGUUCAUUUUUGGUGCCAUUUGCAUGAUUCUCGGUCAGGCCCCUGCAACCUUGACUUGGAAUCGUUCCUUUUCAGUCUCCCUGCCCGAGAAAAUCACACCCUGUUGUAUGUCUGGAGCUUCUGGGUGUUGGCUGGAAUCAAAGCAUAGGCUGCUGGCGCCCAUGGGGUCGGUUAGACUGAGGCAUAGUCUUCCCCAAGGAAGCGCUGGAAGCCCCGUUGAUUCCGUCACUCGGAAUCACACUAGGCAGAAUGCCUGUGGCUCCGUUGUGGGGAGCAAUGGGAUGGGUGACUGGCUAGCUUCUCAGCUGGGAGUUCCAUGUUGGCAGCACCUGGGUUGGCACAGCAGGGAAGGAAGUUCAGGACACUUUCACCACAGGCUCGUGGGCCAAGCUGUCCUGGACAGAAGAGGUGGCGGCUGUUUGAACAGUGUUGGGCCUUGCAACCUGGCUGUGGGGCAUAAGGUUGCAGGAGUGUUGUAUGGAAGCAGCUUCCAGGCCAACCACUGGUGAUUACCAUUCUAGCUGGUCCAGUCAGGUCAAAGCCGCUGGAGAAGGAGACAAGUCACUUUUGCGCGAGUCUUUCCCUGCUCUCUCUUUCACCGAUGAUGGAAUUUAAAGGAACUCUCAACGUUUCCUGCCCCUCAGAGAAGCUGAUAAGACUCUUUUUACCCUCUUUAUUUGGUAAAAGGAGAUUCCCUGCCUUCCAUGCCCCCGUGUUGUGGUGAAGGGAGCUGAAAUCAGCUUUACCUAGCCCCUUAUCGCAUCAAAACAUCAGCAUCGCUGAGGGACUAGUAUCUGGCUCCUACAGAGAGUUGGCCUAUCAUUCUUUUGGGCCCCCAGAAAUCCUGACCCCUUUCAAGGAUACCUCGUUGACAGUGUCUCACAUCUGUAGAACGGGUUUUCAUGGGUGGGGUCAACACUGAAAGCCUAGAGGCGUUAACGUGAAGUAUCUUGGCCUGGAGAACGCCACCAGAAAAGCCUUUAAUCCUAGACUUAAGAUUCUCUUCCAAACAGGCGUGAUUGUCUGUCUGUUCAGCCCUGGCUCCUUUGCCCCUUGGCAAUAGUGGCUGAAAUGGGAUGUCCCGUUGUGUGUUUGCUGUUGCUAUUUAUUCUCCUGACCCCACCCAAUGAGUAAGGCAAUCGACUGGAAGUCAGAAGGUCUUGGGUUCUAGGCCCAGCUCUGACACCGACCCUGGGCAGAGUACUGCUCCGUCUCUGUGUUCUCCCUGCACUAAUUAUACUGACUCACUUUUGCAGAAAGAAGUAUGAAGUUUUACUAUUGGAACACGAAUCUUCUAUGUAGAACUGCUGACGGUGGAUCUUGGGGCGUUGGCUGUGACGUGAGAUUGGUUGGCCGCCUGUUCCAAUCGGGCUGUACUUCUGCCCAGCACCAGGGGGCAGUACAAGCUAUCCUGUAGUACUACUGGCAAAAGGGUGUCGGCAAACGGUUAGUUCGGUUAAACCAGAUGCUGGUUUAGAAGACAAACUCACUCUUGGUUUUGAACUUUCAUAGCGGAUGGAACACCUGUGGUCUGGGGCAGAGACCCCUAAAUUAUGGGAAACUGUUGGGUGGGAGCCUCGCUGCUCAGAUCCUCUGAGGGCCUGAAGCUGCCUGCGUUCAGUGCUGCAGAGUUCGAUGCGUGUGUGGUCUGUGUGGCUGGGGUUUUUCUCAAAACCUGUUUUUUGACCUGGUGGUGAGGAGCUACUGCAGAGCUACUGGUGUCACUGCUGCUAUAGACCGUCCUUUUCCCUGAGUAGCUGAUGCAUGCACACAGUGUGCUAGAGAAAGGGUUCGUCCAUCUAGCUGACGCUGCAGGUUGCCAGUGCAGUAUAGAAGCUGCAGCUGUUUUGAAGGCUGACGGUCAAAUUGUUUGCAGCUGGGGCUUCCUUUUUCUAAACCAUCUCUGCAGAGGUAUUUCCAUUCCCAGUAAAAAAAAAAAAAAUAUGGGUCUGGGGCUAAGAGGCUCAUUGGAUUCACCUACGGCUCAUGCUCUGCAAACCCCCUCAGCUGAUACAUGGAAAAAGUGUUCAGUUUUAUAUCUAUAAAUUAGUGACUUAUGGUGAUUUGAACAUUUGUUUUUUUAUUUUUAAAUGCUCUUAAAAGUAACCUGUCAUGACAUUCCAGAGUGAAUUAAGAUCAAUUGAAUGAAGACCACUUUAAUUCUGAAUAAGAGCAUUCACCCAGGGAUUUAAUGCAGUUUAACUAAUUCACUAUAAAUUCACACCUUUAAUUAGGAUUAAUUUUCCUUAGUUUCCCCUUAUACACAAGCCCUUAACAAGCUGUGCCCUGGGAUAAAGAGUAAUAUUGACAGAUGUUUCGUGACUAUGAGUUUAUUCUUCCUAGCUGGUUUACAGCGAAUUAGCAUGAGAAAGGUGGGGGCAGUGAAACUGACAAGGAACACAACUGAAACUGACGAGAAACAAAAGUUUCCCUGUCUGAGCUGGGUGCAAAAGGGCAAUCUGGCUAGCACCGGCACUCUAAAAUAAAUCUACUGAAAAAUUGUCAGUUCUAGUAACACACACAAGACGAUGUUUAAAAUUGGCUUCUAACUUGACUGUAGCAAAGAGGCGUGUCAACACCUCAUCUGUGCUGGGGAGUAUAGUUAAAACAAUACAACCCUCCACUGUAAACAUAUUUUUCUGGUGCAAUUCGGGGCUUCCCCUGCUUUCAAGCUAUGGUAAACCGUGCUCUUGCAAGCCCCUUACUGUCACAGCAUGGUGUAUUCGCACUGGUGCAGCCACAGUAAUGCAACUACCCCCAGCCCCUCUGUGGCUGAAAAGCAUGUGAGUUGCGGAGUCAUAGGCGUCAGGUUGGCUGGUUCUCUGGAGUGGGGUGUAAAUGGGCACUUCAUCUCCUUGUGCACCCAUGUAAAACUCAUUUUUCCUGUAGCAUCUAUAUCCACAUGAGCCCACGUCUGGUGGCAGGUUGGGGGUAGGGGGGAAGGAGACUGUGUGUCUGAGUGUGUAUUUCGGAGAUGGGACCCUGCUCUCUAGUGUGCGUGCAUGACAAGCUCACCAGACUCUGGUCUGAUUUGUGUUCAGAUGUCUUCUCAGGUGAGGCCCAUAUUUGGAACGGCCCAGGGAAGAGGUUAGCUGUAGAGCAGUGUUCAUGUGCAUUAGACCUUGAUCAUGCCAUUUCCCAGCUCCAGCCAGGAUAAUUUCCUCCCCACUUCGUGAGCAUUUAAAAAUCACCCAGACAGAAAACCACACGCCUGGCUGCAGUGAGGGGUGUUUUCUGGCAUGAGCCCCCAAAGGGCAGGGAUUGGAAACCAUGCCACCAGCUAAGCGUGAGAGAGAUUCCACACACACACGCACACCCUGGCCUGCCCUUGAAUCAAGGAGUGUGUGACCAAGAAAGGCAUGGCUGCCCAGGUGUUCUUCACGAGCAGAAUGAACACAGUCACACUAGCCACACUGUGGCGUGACUGAUCCCUGAAGGCAGGCGCAAAGUGGCCCCUGAGUUGUCCCAGAACUACUGUUUUGACAGAUGGACCAAGAACUCUCCUGUUAGUGAAUCCGAGCUGAGUGAUAUCUGGAAAGUCCCAUGGCUUACUUAUUUGUCUUUUUUUUUUUUUUUUAAUUAAAUAUACUUAUUUUGCGAUGGGGGGGAGCGUGUGUUACUGAUGAGAUAAAUGAGAAUCCCUUUUAAACUGUAGUUUUUAUAAGAUGUUAUAAACUUGUAUCUUUUUACCAUUAGUGUGGUGUCUGUUCCUUUGUGACCUAUUUAGAGUAUUUAAAUAAAAACUUGUUUUUUCUUUUCUAAA